AUGCUAUCCCCUCGCAUCAUCCGGCCCCAGCCGCGCCACGGCACGGCCUCCGCCGGCUCCUCCUCGUCGCGGCGCCACAUGGUGGACGCCGCCAGCGCGCGCGGCGGCGGCGUGCCCGAGUGGGAGGUCGGCCUCCCCUCGGCCGCCGAGCUGACGCCGGUCUCGCAGCCGCUCAUCCCGCCGUUGCUCGCCGCGGCCUUCGGGAUCGGCCCCGCGGACGCGUUCACGCUCCCACCCCCACUCGACGCCCGCUUUCUCCACGACUCCCCGACUUCCCACCUCUCCUCCUCCCGGUUCGACGACGACGCCUACCACGACAACUCCUCCGACGACGAGGAGGGGGAGGGCGAGACCGAGGACGCCGCCGCCGCCGGCGGCGGCCGCGGCGAGAAGAAGGCGCGGAUGGUGUGGACGCCCUCGCUGCACCACCGCUUCGUCGAGGCCGUCGACCGCCUCGGCGAGAAGGGCGCCGUGCCCAAGGCCAUCGUGCGCCUCAUGAACGUCGACGGCCUCACCCGGGAGAACGUCGCCAGCCACCUCCAGAAGUACCGCCUCUACCUCAAGCGCUCGCGCGCCCACGGCGGCGUCGCCACCGCCACCGCCACGCAG